CCUAGAAUUCAUGUGGAAAGAAGACUGGAACGGUUUGGGUUUUGUCAUUAUCACCACUAUUUAUCUAAACUGAUGAUGAGGUUAUACACUGGUUGAAUGGGUGAGAUUGCAGUAAACAGCAGAGUUCAGUGACUGUCGUGAAAGUUUUACCUUGUGACGAAUGUUUGUUCUUCUAAAGAUCAAUUUGCAAACCGACGGAUUUAUCCAAGAUAGAAAACUUCGCGAAAAAGCUAAACAAACAUUUCGUGAGUGAUGCUUGAGUUGCGAUGAAUUUGUACAGUCAGUUCCAAGGAUCAGAUGCAAAAGAAGAGUCUUUUUCUGAGAAGAUUAGAACCAUUGAGGAGCCAAAAAAAUGAUUUUACAAUUUCUGUAUCUUAUUAUAGCUGCUUCAGAAGCUUCAAAUACCGGCGAAAAACAGCGUAAAUAUACCACCUUCAAAGAACUAACGAAGACACGCGAAUUCAUUGACAAAUCCAUGCUGAUAAAGUUCAUUCUGGAUAACCACUGGCAUAUCUACAUCGAGGCUCCUCCUGGUUUUGGCAAAACUACAAAUCUUCGGAUGCUCCAGGAGUUCUUUUCCGUGGAGGUCGACUCAAACGGAUUCUCUACUAACGCAAAAAGGAUCCUAAAAACUGACGAAACCUUUCAAGGUAUCUUAAGGAGGCGUAAAGGCCUUUGGAACAUUUCCACAAAACGCGUAACAUUCCUAACUGACACCGGAAGCAAAUCUGCCCACGCGAGUGACCCGGAAUCCUUGAGCGCAUCCACAACAUUUUUAACAAACUAUGAUACUUUCUCGAAGCCGCCCCUGAGAAUACUGCAAGAAUCACCGGAGUUGUUCGAGACCCAGUUCGCUUAUCAUCCUGUUAUCUUUAUCGACUUCGGAUCUUUGUCCUUAAAGUCUUAUGAAGACUAUAUACGCACUUUUCAUGUAAUGGUCUCGAAGCUCUUUGAAAAAUUUAAAUACUUGUUAAAAAGUAUGAGGCUCACCAGAGGCCAUAAAGGUGAAUAUUUACUCUACCGUGACCAAGUUAUGAACCUGAAUUUUGUCGAGGCUGUGCUGGGAGGAGAAAAAUUGGCCCAACUUUUGUCAGCACAUCAUCACCGAAAA